AUGGGCGUCGAACUCACCUACCAGGAUGUUGCCGAGCACAACACCAAGAAGGACAUCUACAUGGUGAUCCACGACAAGAUCUAUGACUGCACCAAGUUCGUCGACGAGCACCCCGGUGGUGAGGAGGUCCUUCUCGACGUCGGUGGUCAGGAUGCCACCGAGGCCUUCGAGGAUGUCGGUCACAGCGACGAGGCCCGCGAGACCCUGGAGCAGCUGCUCAUCGGCGACCUGAAGCGCCAGACCCCCGCCGCCAGCGCAGCCAGCAACACUGAGAGCCCCGGCUUCGGCAUCGGCCUGUACGCCGUCCUCCUCAUCGGCGGUGUUCUCGCCUACGUCGCCUACCAGUACCAGCAGCAGCAACAGCAGACGUCGGCAUAA